AUGACUCCGGUAAGAGUCAUAUAGACCCUUCAGCCAUCGGAGAGGUGCGUCAACUGCUAAAGCUGAUGUGCAAACUCCUAGAAUAAGCAUAAGCCAAUGUAUUGGACCUUAUCAGAAAACAUUCAUUCUACACUGAGUAUACCAAACAUUAAGAACACCUGCUCUUUCCAUGACAUAGACUGACCAGGUGAAUCCAGGUGAAAGCUAUGAUCCCUUAUUGAUGUCACUUGUUAAAUCCACUUCAAUCAGUGUAUAUGAAGGGGAGGAGACAGGUAAAAUAAGGAUGUUUAAGCCUUGAGACAAUUGGAAUUGUGUGUGUGCCAUUCAGAGGGUGAAUGGGUAAGACAAAAAAUGUAAGCGCCUUUGAACGGGGUAUGGUAGUAGGUGCCAGGCGCACCGGUUUGUGUCAAGAACUGCUACACUGCUGGGUUUUCACGCUCAACAGUUUCCCGUGUGUAUCAAGAAUGGUUCGCCACCCAAAGGACAUCCAGACAACUUCACACAACUGUGGGAAGCAUUGGAGUCAACAUGGGCCAGAAUCCCUGUGGAACACUUUUGAAACCUUGUAGAGUCCAUGCCCCGACGAAUUGAGGCUGUUCUGAGGGCUAAAGUGAGGUUGGGGGGGUACAACUCAAUAUUAGGAGGUGUUCCUAAUGUUUGGUAUGCUCAGUGUAUAAUAUAAAAGAGAAAUUAGUUUCACGUUCUGAAAUGACAUGAAGAUAUAGUCAACACUUUUCACAUGUUAUAAUUUUCCUGUUGUCUAUUUAUAUAAUUUUUCUUUCCUGCUACUGAAGAAUGCUCUUAGUUGAAACACACACAGCACAACAUUCACUCUUGUUUUGGGCGUGGUUGGUGCACUGUUGGGCGUGGUUGGUGCACUGUUGGAGUGGUUGGUGCACUGUUGGAGUGGUUGGUGCACUGUUGGAGUGGUAGGUGCGCUGUUGGAGUGGUUGGUGCACUGUUGGAGUGGUUGGUGCACUGUUGGAGUGGUUGGUGCACUGUUGGAGUGGUUGGUGCACUGUUGGAGUGGUUGGUGCACUGUUGGGCGGGGUUGGUGCACUGUUGGGAGUGGUUGGUGCACUUAGUCUUAGUAUUGUUCGGGUGCAUCAACCACUCACAUAAUACAACACACAUACCAGACUCUAUAUCCUCAGUCACAUCAACUGCUGGAAAACACAAACACACGCACACCCACCACCUCCCACCAAACACACCCACAACACCCCCACCCACCUGACACAAAACACACAACCAACACACAGCACAAACAAACGCACACCCACAACACCGACACCAAAACACACACACAACCCACACACAGCCACAAAACACAACGCACACCCACAGCAACGCCACAAACACCACACACACCCACACACCGCCACAACGACACACACACCCACAACCGCCAAAAAACCACGCAACACCCACAUAACAGAAAAAAAAGAACACGAAAACCCACACACGCCCACAAAACACACACACUAUCCCAAAUUCACCGACACAAAUCACACACACACCCACAAAACUACACAAACACAAACAAACCCAAAAAACCUCCUCACACACACACACCCACACACCUCCACAAACACACGUACACCCACACACCUCCACAAACACACACACACCCACACACCUCCACAAACACACACACACCCACACACCUCCACAAACACACGCACACCCACACACCUCCACAAACACACACACACCCACACACCUCCACAAACACACACACGUUUGGAGUUUCCUGUUCUAUAUUUGCUUGUGUAUUAAUUUCCUAUGUACUUUACUCUAACCAAAUGAUAUAUAUAUAGAUAUUUAUAUGAAAUAUCCAAGGUUUGUACUCCUCUACCAAAGGUCAAUACAUAAUAAUACUUAUAGAAACAUGGUGUCGUGGUAACAUAGAUACUCAAUGUCCUUCAGGGACAUUCUACUUCCAUCAUUAAAACAUAAAUCACAGCAGGGACUCGGGAGGAAUGAUCAUAUGGUAUAAAGAGGAGCUUUCACUGUGCAAAAUCAAAAAGGGUAACACCCACAUUUGUUUAAAACUCAACAAAGGCAUAAUCCUUAGUGACAAUGAUUUAUAUAUAGGUGCAGUGAAUGCUUCUCCCUCAGAUUCAUCUUAAUAUGAUGUUCAGUUUUAUGAUAAUCUCCAAAGAGAGACCAACCAGUUUCAAGCUGAGGGAAAUGUGCUUUUGUGUGGGGAUUUUAAUGGUAGAACAGGUUCUGAACCUGGAUGUAUAGUAGACCCUGAGGGUAACAGACAUACAGUACCAGUCAAAAGUUUGGACACACCUACUCAUUCCAGGGUUUUUCUUUAUUUUUACUAUUUUCUACAUUGUAGAAUAAUAGUGAAGACAUCAAAACUAUGAAAUAACACAUAUGGAAUCAUGUAGUAACCAAAAAAGUGUUAAACAAAUGUCACGACUUCCUACGAAGCUGCCUCCUCUCCUUGUUCGGGCAGGCUUCGGCGUUCGUCGUCACCGGCCUUCUAGCCACUGCCGCUCCUCAUCUCAACAUUCCAUUUGUUUUGUCUUGUUUAUUACACACACCUGGUUCAUAUCCCCUCAUCAGUACCUGUAUAAGUAUUCCCUCUGCCCCCCUUGUCUUUGUGUGUGAUUGUUACUUUGUGGAGGUAUCGCUAGCUCGGUUGAGCAUUUUUGUUAUUUUAUCGCCGGGAAUAUUUACCUGUAAAUGUUGGUUCCCAGUACGCAUUUAAGUCGCACUGGGAUCGUGUUUACGCAUUGCUGCAGACAAAAACAUUACCUUAUUGGGCUGAAUAAAGCAUUUUCCUUCUUCACACUCCUGUGCCUGACUCCGUCCAUCCCCUCACCACAACAAAUCAAAAUAUAUUUUAUAUUUGAGAUUCUUCAAAUAGCCACCCUUUGCCUUGAUGACAGCUUUGCACACUCUUGGCAUUCUCUCAACCAGCUUCAUGAGGUAGUCACCUGGAAUGCAUUUCAAUUAACAGGUAUGACUUCUUAAAAGUUAAUUUGUGGAAUUUCUUUCCUUCUUAAUGCAUUUGAGCCAAUCAGUUUUGUUGUGAUAAGGUAGGGUGGGUAUACAGAAGAUAUCCCUAUUUGGUAAAAUACCAAGUCCAUAUUAUGGUAAGAACAGCACAAAUGAGCAAAGAGAAACGACAGUCCAUCAUUACUUUAAGACAUGAAGGUUAGUCAAUACGGAACAUUUCAAGAACUUUGAAAGUUUCUUCAAGUGCAGUCGCAAAAACCAUCAAGCGCUAUGAUGAAACUGGCUCUCAUGAGGACCGCAACAGGAAUGGAAGACCCAGAGUUACCUCUGCUGCAGAGGAUGAGUUCAUUAGAGAUAUCAGCCUCAGAAAUUGCAGCCCAAAUAAAUGCUUCACAGAGGUCAAGUCACAGACACAUCUCAACAUCAACUGUUCAAAGGGGACUGUUUGAAUCAGGCCUUCAUGGUCGAAUUGCUGCAAAGAAACCACUACUAAAGGACACCUAUAAGAAGAAGAGACCUGCUUGGGCCAAGAGACACGAGCAAUGGACAUUAGAGCGGUGUAAAUUUGUCCUUUGGUCUGGAGUCCAAAUUUGAGAUUUUUGGUUCCAACUGCCGUGUCUUUGUGAGACUCGGUGUGGGUGAACGGAUGAUCUCCGCAUGUGUGUUUCCCACGGUAAAGCAUGGAGGAGGAGGUGUUAUGGAGUGGGAGUGCUUUGCUGGUGACACUGUCUGUGAUUUAUUUAGAAUUCACAGCACACUUAACCAGCAUGGCUACCACAGCAUUCUGCAGCGAUACGCCAUCCCUUCUGGUUUGGGCUUAGUGGGACUAUCAUUUGUUUUUCAACAGGACAAUGACCCAAUAUACCUCCAGGCUGUGUAAGGGCUAUUUUACCAAGAAGGAGAGUGAUGGAGUGCUGCAUCAGAUGACCUGGCCUCCACAAUCCCCCGACCUGAACCCUAUUGAGAUGGUUUGGGAUGAGUCGGACGGCAGAGUGAAGGAAAAGCAGCCAACAAGUGCUCAGUAUAUGUGGGAGCUCCUUCAAGACUGUUGGAAAAGCAUUCCAGGUGAAGCUGGUUGAGAGAAUGCCAAGAGUGUGCAAAGCUGUCAUCAAGGUGGCUAUUUGAAGAAUCUCAAAUAUAAAAUAUAUUUUAAUUUGUUUAACACUUUUUUGGUUACUACAUUAAUCCAUAUGUGUUAGUUCAUAGUUUUGAUGUCUUCACUAUUAUUCUACAAUGUAGAAAAUAGUAAAAAUAAAGAAAAACCCUGGAAUGAGUAGGUUUGUCCAAACAUUUGACUGGUAGCGUAUAUUUGGCUUAUACCCGAGUCCCAUCACUAGUAAUAGAAAUAGCCCUGACCAGGUAGUGAACAAAAAUGUAAAGGAGUUAGUGCAUCUCUGUCGAGCCUUAGGCCUGUAUUUUUUAAAUGGUAGUGUCGUAUAUGAUGAGUGGUGGCAAUUAUCGCUGUCAACAAAAAGUCCGUUAUGCUGCAUCGUGUCAGAAGUUUUUAUUCAUACCACGAGGUUACAGCAUAAAUUACAGACACGCGUUGCCUGGAGAACGACUCCCCAGAUUGAUAUGGUCGUUCUGCCGUCUCAUCGUUUACCCCCUAUUUAUAAACAAUGCAAAGGGAGGGGCUACUCCCUCUUCUGGCCAAUCACCAGUCUCCCCUCGGGCGUCACCCUCCAAGCGGCACAUUUCAAAUAACAUCAUAAAACAUCCCCCCUUUGGCCUGAACAACCAACAUUCCAUUUCGUCAUGAAAAACAUUUAACAAAGACAUAAUCUUCAGAUACGAUAUUCCCCCCUUUCGAGACGAAAUAAACGUCUCGAAAACAAACAGAAUAAGAUUAUGACUAUUAACCAUUUAUCUCAUUGAAUAUUCUUAACCUUAAACCCAAAAACAUUCUCCUCUAGAGUGUAAAUACCUUUCUAUGAAAUACCUGUUUAUGAAGUGUGAAUACAUUACUAUGACCUAUGAAGAAAUCUCUAUGGAGUGUAAAUACAUUACUAUGACAUAUGAACAACUGUUUAUGAAGUAUGAACACAUUACUAUGAAUUAUGAAUAAAUCUCUAUGGAGUGUGAGAGCGAAAAACUGUCCAGCAGCCAUCCAUCCAUAUCAAUCAAGACAGUAAAAUUAUCUCACGGUCCCUCUGCCCCAGGCAACCACCGUCGGUACUCCAGAUAACCUCAUAACUCAUGUAAAUGCAUUUGAAACUAUGAUGCCAUUAAAUACACAUGUAAACAAAAUCCUAUCCAUAAAUAUCCAUUGUACGGCUGGUCCACCCAUCGAAUCGUACAAUGAAUCUCUCCCUUCCUAGACCUUCUGUCCCUAACCCCAUCGAAAUAAACAAAAGCAUCUAAGAUCCUCAUCUGCAUUCAAUAACAUCAAACAUCAUUCUACUAAAAUCAAUACCUAAGAAUAUGACACAAUUAUGUAUUACACAUCAAAUAUGUCUAUAUUUCAUUGCAGACACUGGAAUGUAGUCCACUACACUUCCUCUCCCUGUAGUGUCCUCUUCCAAUGGACUUGUUGAUGAUGGAAUCAGCCACACCCUCCUGGUUUCAUCUCCUCCAGUCAUAUUGUCCCUUCAUAUUGUCUUUGUUUGAGUAUUCCAAUCUCCACAUGUUCUCCCACAUGCUUCUGGAAUGACAAGAAAAUAACCGACCAAACAGUAUCCUUUGCAAAACAACCACUUUCAAAUUAAACCUCCAUUUCCCCUAAGAAUUUAAAAAAUGAUACAUAAAUGAUGCAUAAAUGAUGUAUGAAUCACAUUAACCUAUCCCCCCCUUGAUUCAUAAAUCAUACUAAAAUCAUACUAAAAAAAAUGUUUUCCUUGAAACAAUAAAAAUAAAAUGAUCAAAUAAUCAAAAAGGAUAUUUAUCCAUUCAGUAGUCCAUCUAGACCCCCUCGUCCGUCUUCGUUCAGAUCCGGAACAGUCAACACCGGCAUCUGAGUGUUGUCUCCAGGCACCACUUCUCCAACCUAUCUCAAUCUCAUAACUUUCUCAAAAGUCAGUACAAACAUCACAGUGUUAUCAAAGCUUAAACUAGAAUCUGACCCAUCACUGCCCCUACUGGCCUAAUUGAUCUUGCAACCAAAUCCUUUCAAAUGCAUCCCUCAUAAUGCAUCUAUAACCCCAGUGAUAUUAUCUGAACUAUCUGGACUCACAGUAUAACUAAUAUUUAUCAAUAUUAUCUUCCCAAAUGUUACACCAUACCAUGAAUGAAGUCCCCCCUUCUCCCUUAAACUUAUUCUUCAAUGAUAGGCUUGAAGACUAUGACAUGUCGCCAUGUGUCUGCUAAAUGACUGAAAUGUAAAUGUAAUGUCCCCCUUUUAACCCUAGAUUUAGCUGUGUCCAAUGCUAUCCCUCUUAUAAUGGUAAAACCUCCUAUGGAAGCUUCAACGUUGACCUGUAACAACAUCCUAUCCCCCAUAGGGUAAGAAUAUAGUCCUGCUCUUCUUACUACCUGAUAUAUAAAAAGUAACCUAUUAUUUGUCAUUACUACCCUUAAGGUUAUGCUUAUCCAAAUUUAUCACACUGAUCUUCCCAUAAACAUACCCCUUACCUCAUAUGUUUUAUUAGAGCAAAAACAACUUUUAUCCCUCAAUAUUUCACCUGAAUACUUCAGGGUUCCGUUGUUAUCUGAUUGUCCUUUCCCUCUAACCAAUGCUCAUAGGGUAAUCCCUUCACCCAAGAACACUUAAACCCUACUGGUCUGACAACUACAUUAUUUUAUCGGUCAAUGACUGUUGCCGAUACCACAGUCAUGACAAAGCAUAACACUUACCCACACCUGCCAGAGGCCGCGCGACCGUCUAACACGUUUUGGGAUGGAAUUCUCAACAGACAUGGACCCUCAAGAUUCCUCACUGAUUCUUACAGAAUGAGUUAAUCUAUCUCUAAUUUCCACAACAGAGGAACGAGCAGCACUGAUCAGAUGCCCCCCCCUCCGUCAUCAAAAUCAAAAGACCUCAUCCUGCAGCUUCCAUGAUGAAUCUCUAUUCUCCAUUUCAGAUUAAUCUAUAUUGUUUCUAUUAAUAUCUGCUCUCCUUUUUUAACCCUAUUCGUAAUAACCUAAACCCCUGAGUCUCUCUUGCUGCCUCCUUUAAUUUCAGAAAAGUUGUUGUCAUCCUUCCUACAUUUGCUAUUACCAUCGUAUCAUUAAUCCCUUCCAAAGUUACCAUUAACGUUGUUGAUUUAGUUGAUGAAUUAAAACCCUUAAUUCCCUCUAGUGGGAAACUACCAACAUCCUAUUCGAUUAUUCCCUGUUGGAGUGACUACUGUAAUAAACUUAUCCUUAACUCCCUCUGUGACUGUGGAAAGUUUUACAGACUUCAAAUCUUCCGUUAUAAGCAUCACCUUACAAAUUACAUAGCCCUUUAACCAAUAAUUCUUAACCAGAACAACUUCUAAUGCUUGCACUAGAUAAGUACACAUAUAUUCUCCCUAACCUUUCUCUAUAAUAUUACGCAACAUAAGUGAACAGUCACUCCUAACCCUAUUCCAAACUAUACCUCCUUCUACUCCUGGUCCUCAUAACAAUACUUAUUCUCCAUAAUUAUCUCUCUCUCUCUCUCUCUCUCUCUGUGAAAGAAACGUCAUCAUCCUAAAUGGCAUAUUAUAAUUAUUAUUCUCCUACCCCUCAUAACAGUAUUUUCCCCCUAUAAUUGAUGCUGGACCCUUAAUCAAAUGCGCUAUAUUUAUGGCUUUAAUAACUAUCAAUGUUGAAAGAGUUAAAUUACUUCUACCUGUUAUUUUAAUAGACUCACGUGUUGAUGUCAUUAUUGUUACUACCUCAUCCCUAGUUUUCCCCUAAGCUCUGAACUCUUUCCUUGUACUUCCAUCCAUCACCCCUAGUGUCACUUUUUCCCCCUUUCAGUUCUACCUCUAAACUUUAAACUUUUGAUUACACAAAAUACACCUAUAAUGACAUUGAUCUCCCUGCUGGAAACUGUAAAUAUAGAUACUCAAUCACCCUCAAAUCAUUCAGCAACACAUACUUUCUCAAUGCAUCUGCUCCUAACCGAUUUAAACUCCUACCAUAUCUUCCCACUAAACUUUAAAAUGUCCUUCCUCACUGUUCUCUCUCUGUCUUACUACUAACUUUGAAACUUAGCUUACUGUCUCAGAGUCCCUUCAACCUAGCCUACCCCUAACUUAUUUUAAUCUAAUCUAUUCUCUCAUAACAGUUAAAACCUUUUCCCCUGAUCUAUUGACAAAAUCGCUUACCACCAAAUUUUUGGAAUAUGUGAUUGGGAAAGUUCCCCACCUGCUUCUGACUCAUUACACACAGACUUGGCAAAACCGACUAAACACCUUUUAGCCUAACCUCAAAUCUCUUAGUGUAAGAAUGUAACCCAAAAUAACAGUCACGCGUAUUAAGUUUUUUCCCAGACAGAUUGUCUAACAGGCAAUCUAAUACAUUAUCAUCCUUCCUAGGAUAUUAUCUUUUAAGCAAAUGAUUCCCACAAACCCUACUUUUUAAAAUAUUCUACCAGACAGUCAGUCGUCUAGUGUACAUUUUAUUGUACGCUUCAAUUCUCUUCCCAACACUACAAUAACAGUAUCUUCUAAUAUUAGUACCUUAAGAGUAAGUACUACCUCAAAUCCCUAUCCUAAGUAGUUAUCAAUUAGUGAGAUGUUUAACCUCUUUAGGCUGAACACAGAUAAGUUUUCCCCUAUUCACUAUCACUUCUAAAUGUCGGUUGUUUCAACUGUUAGCUAUUUUCUCUUCUUCUCUAAUCAAGGCUCUCAGCAAUGCACCCCUUCCGGAUAUUCUCGGCACUCUAGAAUAUUUAGUGUUCACCUGAAGCACCGGUGAUCUUCACUUGCUCGUUGAUCUUCCUCUGUUUCUUCUUCUCCAAUUCUGUGUCUGUCCAGAAACUGACAGUCGAUAUGGAACAUCUGGUCCCCCCUUGGUUGGUACAAUUGCCUUUGAUAUUGUUCAGUUAAAGCUGUAACAGUGAUUGUUGAUUUGAUUCACUCUGAUUCUUCAUAACCAACACUUAUUUUCUUCUUCUCCACCACCAGUUAUAAGUUGUAUUUGAUAGAGUUUUCUUCGUCCGGUUCUUCUCGUUGUGGACCUAUCAGUAUUCUUCAAAAGGUUAUCUUCUAAGUUCUGUCCUUGAAAUAUCAUCUUCAUCAUCCUCUUCACGUUCCAGACAUCUCCUAUUGUUGGGAUCCUUUUCUUCAUCAGUUUUUCUUCUCUUCAUCUUCAUCUUUCUGAACCUCCUUCUCUUCGUUUCCAGACAUGUCGGUUCUUCUUCCUUCUGGAGUUUUGAAUUCAUCUUCAUCGUUGUUUCUGCUGGUACCCUAUCUAUUAUUACUCUAUAUUUCUGAUGCAAUAAUCACUCCUGGAUAAUCAUUGUAAGCUGAGAAUAAACAUCCCUAAGCUCUACUUUCUAAACCUAUUUUAUCAAUUUCUGUUUGAGAAUGAAGGGCAACUUUUGUUUCACUUGCCGGAUACCCUAGCAACACUUUAGUUAAAGGAUUACCACUAUGCACUAUAUCAACCGGUGUACUGACUUUCCUAGUCCUGAUAUUUUUUAUUAUUAUUAUUUUUUUUUUUUACCCCAUUGUACCAAGCCUUUCUAUUCCUUUAUUGUGAACUAUCCUAUUUUAAACUAUAUAGCUUAUGUAGCCUUCCCCCCUGUAAUUCUUAAUAUAACCUAACAACUCCAAAUAAAUCCAAAUAAGUCAAUUAAAAAAUCAUGAAUAAUUAAAACCAAUUUUUAUUCCUAUAUCCUAUGUCACCACCUUAUCCAUUAGUGUUGAGUAUAUUACCACAACCCAUCCAAUGCAAGUAAAUGCAAGUUAGUCAUCUUCAAAGCAAUCCCAAAAACAAAGCCUCUAACCCUUCAAUACUACAAUCCCCAUAAACCCCCUUGCUCUAUAGCUCUAAUUAUCAUAAAUUUACAGAAGAAUCCUCAAUCCAUCCUGGAUUCCCAACACAUCUGUAAUUAAACCCCAGUGAUACAGAGCUUCCAAAAUGCAAUUUUUAAUGAAAUAGUAUUUGCCAAGCCCAUGUAAACUCGUCAUAACAUCACAUAUUCUGUUAGGAUGAGUUUGUGUACUAGCCUGAUCCGAUCCUCUCGUCUGCCUCGUCACACCUUGUUCGUGACGCACACAGUCAGCCCCUUCUCUCUCUCUCGUCUCGCCGUUCCAUGUUCCUCUCAUAUUUCACAAAAACAUAGAAACACACACGAUUUCAGCAGUUUAUGCAAUUAACCAAGUUAUCCACAUUCAAUAUUCGUCCGUUUUACAUUCGCUCUAAGACUUUAACUCAGGACGAAUAGAUCGCUCAAAAACCUUUUUUUUAAUUUUAAUCCGUUAUUUAAUUAUUUAAUUAAAUGUAUUAUAAUCCGCUACCAUAUAUCUAAUUUAUAAAUUCAAUAGGUCCCAAGACAAGUUUCAUCUUAAACUCUCCCUGUGCCUAUUUGUUUCGUCGACCGCAUGUCGUAGAUUUAGUGCCGUAAACCAAAACGUUCCCUAACCUCGUGCCAUAAACUCCCCUUUCUGUAGUGUAGUGUCGCAACAUUAAACGCAUGCGCACAACCAUUCAAAAACCCCUUUUCACCGUGGAAGAAAGAUUCUCUCUUCUCUCUCCCCAAACAGAAAGAAUAACAGCCAGCUGUAACUUCCCAUUUCCCCCUUAUAGUCAAACAACAUUUAACAGCGCUCACAAAACAUAUAACCUGACUUACAAACACAUAAACAAGUUUAAGAGACUUUCACCCGUCGCAACGGAAUCUCUAAGGAUAUCCGUUAGCAUGUAGCACGCAACACAAUUAGCCUGUAGCAUUAGCCUUUAGCUUAGCCUAAGGUACACCGUGGCACAAAACCCAAUUAGCACUAGCAUCCACCUCAGCCACCAUGAUGUAGCAUGAUUCACACUUUAGCCUUACAAAAAUUAGCCUUUAGCCUUAAGCAUUAGCAUUUAGCAUUUAGCCACGAGGCACCACGUGGCCUGAAACCAUCCAGCAUUAACACCAACCUCCAGCUAACUGCAGCCUACUAGCUAUACAAAUGAACACCCCACACCGCGGCCCAAUCAUUGUCCAUGAUUAUCAAUCCUUCCGACCCCCCCCCCCCACAUGGGACCUAUGACCCUUACCCAUAAUGCCGUGCUUUGUAGGCUUAGCACAUAACCACAUGUUGUAGUUUUUAGCCCCGUAAAAUCACACGCACCUGCGCACAACCAAUUUUAAAGCCAUGCUUCCCACACCAUAGACCGAUAGCAUUACGCUACAGUUUCACCAUUUUAUACCUUAUACUCACACAAUUACACAUAACAGAGCUCACAUUUGCGUAGAACAUUCAGCUCCACCACAUACAAACAAGUUUAAGAGGCUUGAAUCCAUCGCAGUGGACCUCUAAGGUUACAGUUAUCAUGUAGCACACAACACACUUAGCAUUUAGCAGUUAGCCAUUGCUAACUGCUGCCUACAACAUGUAACAAAACCCAGCAUUGCGUUCCUUUAAUUGAGUACUGUUUCGUUUGCCCUAAAUUUAUUCUGCCGUGGAUAUGGCUAUUUCAGUGAGCGAUCCCCCCCAAUGCAACUAUCCCGUCGAACAGAAGUUGAGUAAGCCAUCCCCAAGAAAUGUCCCACCAACCCCAGUCCCAGACUGACCUGGAAACUCCUAAUGCAUUUCCAGGAUUUUGGCCCACCCUGCGGUCGCCCCGUUCGUCACGAGGGCUUAUCUAAACCUGCAAUGCUCUAAAGAAUGCGCAUAUCUGAAUUUACCAACCAUUGACCAUAGUUACCAAUGAAAUAAUUUACCAAUCAUACCGUUCCUUUUGCUCUAAAUUUGUCAUUGCCCAUAGUUACCAAUGAAAUAUAAAUUUAUGCUCUAAAUCCUCAUUGCCAUCCGUUACCAAUGAAAUAAAUUAUCAUUGUCUAUAGUUACCAAUGAAAUAACAUUUUAUCAGACUCCAGUCGACCAGCAACAACGCCACCUGAGGCCAGGUUAUAAUGGAACAUCUCUUCAAUGUACACAAGUCAUAUCCAAUCUAACAAACUCCGAAGCGGUAAGAACACACUCACCCUUUUUCGGCCAUGCUUCAGAGAGAGUUAGGCCGGCGGUUGACUGAAACAAGGAAGAGACGCAAAACCAGCCCCACGUUGGGCGCCAUUAUGUCGUAUAUGAUGAGUGGUGGCAAUUAUCGCUGUCAACAAAAAGUCCGUUAUGCUGCAUCGUGUCAGAAGUUUUUAUUCAUACCACGAGGUUACAGCAUAAAUUACAGACACGCGUUGCCUGGAGAACGACUCCCCAGAUUGAUAUGGUCGUUCUGCCGUCUCAUCGUUUACCCCCUAUUUAUAAACAAUGCAAAGGGAGGGGCUACUCCCUCUUCUGGCCAAUCACCAGUCUCCCCUCGGGCGUCACCCUCCAAGCGGCACAUUUCAAAUAACAUCAUAAAACAUCCCCCCUUUGGCCUGAACAACCAACAUUCCAUUUCGUCAUGAAAAACAUUUAACAAAGACAUAAUCUUCAGAUACGAUAGUAGGAUUAGAGGGGAUUCUUUGGGAAGGUUCACCUACUGCUCAACUCUUGGGACUAGUGUUGUUGACUAUGCAAUCUCAGACUUGGAUCCCUCCUCCAUUAGUGCAUUCACUGUCAGACCACAGACACCAUUGUCUGACUGCUGCCAGAUUGUCUUUUUGAAAAUAGUUCUCCACCCAAAGACCACACAAACAGAGUCCUGUACACUGAUUAAUGUAAAUAAAACAUACAGAUGGGCCCCUGACAGUGCAACACACUUCAACACAGCAUUGCCCUGCCCAGAAAUUACAACCUGAAUCAAUGAUUUCCUUUCAAGUACAUUCAGGCCAAACCUCCCUGACAUAAAUUUGGCUGUGAAUAAAUUAAAUGAGAUCCAUCAUAAAGCAGCCACAAUAGCACAUUUAUGCAAAAUAAAGAACUGUUCGAAUUGGAAACCUCAAAAAGAGAAAUGGUUUGAUGCUGAAUAUAAUCUCAUACGGAAAAAAUGUAGAUCUUUAUCAAAUAGAAAACAUCACCAAUCACAGUAUAGAGACGUUCGGCAAGAAUAUUGUGUCACAUUGAAAGGAUACAAACAAAACAUAAGAUGGCAGAAACAGAAACAUUCUGAGAACAUUCUGAAAGAGAUUGAAGACUGUUGAUGGAAACCAGUUCUGGGAGAAAUGGAAUGGUCUAGAUGUAAAACAGAGGAAUGACCUAGCCAUUCAAAAUGGCAACAUUUGGAAAGAUCAUUUUGAAAGUCUCUCUGGAAUAAUACCAUCAGAAGACCUUACUUUAAACCCCCAAAAUAUGCAAGAAAAAUUCAGCUCCCUAGAACAUACAUUUAAAAACAACCAGAAUCCAAUUGACUACCAAUUUACACAUGCUGAACUUUUCAAAAAAAUACAAAGCCUUAAACCUGGAAAGGCAUGUGGCCCUGACAGCAUCAGGAAUGAAAUGCUUAAACACAGUACUCCUGAGCUGUAGACUGACAGUGGAGAGACCUUAGACAGGGGGCCUAAAUCUGGUGCUUGGCUGGGAAGUAAGUAAUUAUCCCUUCACACAAACAGUAGAAGCACAUGUGCGUGCGCACGCACACACACACACACACACACACACACACACACACACAGUCACACACAUCACACACACACAAACACACACACCCCUCUCUCUCAAUCCAUCACCAGCAGCAAGCCUCCACAGCUCUGGCAUGUAAUCGAUCCUGUGACGACCCUGUGUAGGUCAUGUGACAGCCCUGACACAACUCUCCUAUCCUCCCCGCUGACACGUGCCGUCAGUCAGGUCGCCCCCCCCCCUCGUCAUCACCGUCACAGGCAGGCCAGGGUCAUUAUGGGGUUGACAGCUUCGGUGUCUACUCACAUGCCUGCCUGCCUGUCUGCCUGUCUGCCUGUCUGUCUGCCUGUGUCUGUCUGUCUGCCUGUCUGCCUGUGCGUGUAGUUUAGUUGCUCAGAGCAGAGAGAAAAGUUUGAGCCCCAGAUUUGAGCUUAGUUAGUGAUUGCCAGAGAGGGUAAGAGCUAAAUGGCAGGUGUAGAAGUGGUGGAAGUCCUGAGUCAACACUGACAUUGAGGAAGGGGGCUGGUGGUGUGUCUGUGAGUGACUGGGGGUUAUUAGGCUACACACAACUUAACACAUUGUAUUACUUAGACAGCCAACAGAAGCAUUACUUACUGUUAAUGUAUGCCUUUGUUGACAUUCUACGUUCUCUUUUAUAGUGCUUCAUUAUAUCCCCUCAUACAAUGGAUAGUCUUUAUGAUUUGCCUUUAUCAGGCCAAGCUCACCCAGAUAUAUUGUUCCUUGCAAGUGUGUAAAAAGUGGGUGACCUCUUGAGAGGAGGAGAUGUUCUUGAUGGCUCUUUUGACACGGCAGCAGUCGGAAAGCAGUAACCUUCAGUGUCAAGAUGAUCCCAGGGCUGCUGCUGUGAAGCCAUCUGGAUCCCUCAUUACCCCUGGCACAUACACAUUAGCAGGCACCCUGUUUGUGUGUGUGCGUGUGUGUGUGUGUGUCAUGUGUCGUGUGUGUGUUGUAGUAAGGAGUAGGCAAGGUUGUCAUUGUUAUGUAGAGGAUCAGUCACCCCCCAUGGAGCAGCCCAACAGCCCUGCAUGUACUCAGUUUUGUUUUCUUGUAGCCGUCUAGUACUAUCGAGCGAUAACACAUAAGAUAUUGAGUACUGGCAAUUCUAGAUGCAACAUUACAUGAAUGUAUGUAAAAGAUAGCGUUGUAGUUACUGUAUUUUUUUAAAUUGUCAUUUAGCAGACGCUCUUAUCCAGAGCGACUUACAGUUAGUGAGUGCAUACAUUUUCAUACUGGCCCCCUGUGGGAAACGAACCCACAACCCUGGCGUUGCAAGCACCAUGCUCUACCAACUGAGCUACAGGGGACUACAGUAGUUCUCACAAGCAACAUCUCUAAUGACCAUGUGAUGUCUUGAACAUCUGGUAUGUUUUCUGAUGUUUUCCUCCAUCUACUUCCCUCCCCCAAAAAUAUGUAUUAUUCUAUGACGGAUUUAUAAUCACAAUGUGAAAGACAUUUAUAAUUGUUCUGUGCAUCCCUUGACUGUUUUGUUUGAGGCUGAUUUUCUGUUCUGCUCAAACAAAUCUGUUUAGUGAUGACAAAGCAGUUUUUGACAUCCCCGCUCCCCACUCCUGUAACGAUUUCUGUCCUAUUAUGCAUUGUCACGUUUCCCAGUCGGAUUAAUAUCAUUUGGCAAGGCUGCAUUGGAAAGAGAAUUUGUUCUCAGUAACUCAACAAUAAUACAAUAGGUGAAAGUGUUGAUAAAACGUGAUAGGUGGCCGGUAAUCUAAGCGUCGCCAAGGUAACAUGAGCAUCACUCUUUAUCUCUCUCUCUUUCUAUCACACACACACACACACACACACAAUCACACAACCACACACCUGGCCUCUCUAUCAAAAACCUAAUCUUGUGAUAAAAUGGAGUCUUGUCCUAUAGCCCCUGCUGUAACAGACACCAUCUCUCCUCCAGGCUCUCUCUUGAUAGCUAUUUCAGCUCGGCUGGAGAAACUUGUUACAAGCAAAGGACCUUUUGUAAUACGUAAUGUAGGAUUCUAUCAAUCUCUCUCUCUCUCUCUCUCUAUCUCUCUCUCUCUCUCUCUCUCUCUCUCUCUCUCUCUCUCUCUCCUCUCUCUCUCUCUCUCCUCUCUCUCUCUCUCUCUCUCUCUCUCUCUCUCUUUCUCUCUCUCUCUCUCCAGGUGCGAAGUUCAUGGUUGCUCCAAGAUGGCCAAUUCAAAAGGUAAGAUAACUUGAUCAGAUCAGAUGCCUGGUUAUAUUCAGCUCACUGAGCUGCUGAGCUCACUCAAAAUAAUGUAAUUGCGCCAUCGUGUGGAUUCUUGAGGAACAUGCACUAUCUCCAUCUUGGGUAAAGUUGAGCUUCUGUUAACGAUUGUUCCAUGUGACACAGGAGCAGCCUUCAGACAGUGCAGUCGUUGUGGGCAUCAACCUAGGUGGAGGUUUCCAUGGAGCUCCAGGGGAAGAGAUAUCCUAUAACCCCAGCCUCCCUAGUCCUAGCCCCAGGCAGCCCCCGUCCUUACAGUGGCUGCCCCACCCAUCCACCCCAACCUCCGGAGACCAACAGGUCGAGAGCCCCAGGCCACCGGUCAGCAAACGCCACAGGAAGCUGCUGUUAAAGAGCGGUUCGGUAAUUCCUAGUGGUGCCCCCUCUGGUGAAGAGGACCGUCAGUUACAGGGCAUGGCCCAUACCCAGGUUUCCCGUCACCACCUGCUGAGGGAGGUCUGUACCAAAUACCAGCCGGGCGUCACCGAGCGCCCUGUCUCCCGCCAGCAGGUGUCCCGCGUCUACGUGGAGGACAGGUGUUGUAACUUUAGGGGUUAAUUUCAUUGAGCAUUAUCUACAGAUAUUAUUUACAGUACAUCUAAAUACAUUACAUGAUUUACAUGCAUAAUUGUAUUUCAGAACAAUUCAUGUUCAGGGCUGAUCUAGAGGUCCCCCUGUCCAUCUAAUUUUAUUCAUUGUGAUCUAAAAGGCAGAACUGAUCCUAAAUCAGGACUCAUACUCUGAGAUGCUAGAUACAUACAGCCCCAGAUAACUAUUCAUAUCUUUCUGUUGUAUUGGUUAAUUAAUAAUAGGACAGGCCUGCUGUACUGUGAGGUGCCCAAAGCCGGCUGCUCCAACUGGAAGCGGGUGCUGAUGGUCCUGGGAGGCAGUGCCACCUCCACGCACGGCAUCGCCCACGACGACGCCCACUAUGCCAACCAACUCCGUCGACUGGACGCCUACAGCCAGGCGGGCGUGGCCGAGCGCCUCCGCUCCUACACCAAGGUCCUCUUCGUACGGGAGCCUUUCGAGAGGCUGGUGUCGGCCUUCCGCGACAAGUUCGAGAGCCCCAACUCGUACUACCACCCGGUAUUUGGCCGGCCCAUCAUCUCCCGGUACCGGGCCAACGCCUCGCUCUCUGCCCUAAGGACCGGCGCCGGGGUCACCUUCAGGGAGUUUGUCCAGUACCUGUUGGACGUGAGGCGGCCCGUGGGCAUGGACAUCCACUGGACGCCGGUCAGCCAACUCUGCAGCCCCUGCCUGCUGCAUUACGACUUCAUUGGGAAAUUCGAGAGCCUGAAGGAGGAGGCCAACUUCCUGCUACGGAGCAUCGGGGCGCCUAGUAACCUCACUUUCCCUGACUUUAAAGACAGGAACCCCAGAGCAGAAAGGACUUCCUCCACCAUUACCCAGAGAUACUUUGAACAGUUGAAUGCCACGGAGAGACAGAGGGCCUAUGACUUUUAUUACAUGGAUUAUCUGAUGUUUAAAUACCCCAAGCCCUAUAAAGACCUGUACUGA